AUGGAACUCACAAUGGAAAACCUUGGAAACCUCCACGGCGUCUCGCACUCACAGGCCGGGGAACUGAUGAGCUCCACGCACGCCCGGCAGUCCUCCGCCCCUUCACACCGGAACCUGGUUUCUCACGCACACGGCCGGUCGGCCAUGGUGUCUAGUAUGGCCGCGAUCCUGGAUGGUACCGGGGACUACCGGACAGACCCCUCAGCGCUCUCUGGCCACCUCCACCCGGCUAUGAGCAUGUGUGAGUCCGGGAUGAGCCUGAGCAACACCUACACCACCCUGACCCCUCUCCAGCACCUACCUCCCAUAUCCACGGUCUCCGACAAGUUCCACCACCCACACCCACACUCCCACCACCACGCAGCCGCCCACCAGCGACUCUCCGCGGGGAACGUCAGCGGGAGCUUUACGUUGAUGAGGGAUGACCACCGUGGGCUGGCGUCUAUGGGAAACCUGUACGGCCACUACCCUAAAGAUAUGUCCGGCAUGGUCCAUGGGUCACUCUCCCCGUUGUCCAACAGUCUCGGCUCUUUGCACAACUCCCAGCAGACGCUCUCAGCCUACGGUCCAAGUGCUCACCUUACUAAUGAUGCCAAGAUGCUCUCUCCCGUGACAGGCUUCGAGUCCCACGCCGCAAUGCUGUCCCGGAGCGAGGAGCACCUUGCCAGGGGGUUAGGCGGCCAUGGGCAUGGCAUGAUGUCCAACCUCAACGGGAUGCACCAUCCGCACAGCCACCUUCACUCCCAGGCCAAUGGGGCAGCGAUGCUGGCCGAGCGAGAGAGGCACGGGGCUGGGUCCGGCCAGGGAGGAGUGUCGGGAGGGCAGGCGGAGGAGAUCAACACGAAAGAGGUGGCUCAACGGAUAACGGCAGAGCUGAAGCGCUACUCAAUUCCCCAGGCUAUUUUCGCCCAGAGGAUCCUAUGUCGUUCCCAAGGAACCCUCUCGGAUCUUCUGCGGAACCCCAAGCCGUGGAGUAAACUCAAGUCAGGCCGGGAGACGUUUAGGAGAAUGUGGAAGUGGCUCCAGGAGCCCGAGUUUCAGCGGAUGUCUGCCCUUCGGUUGGCGGCCUGUAAGCGGAAGGAGCAGGACCAGGGUCGUGAGAGGAACCUGGUCCCCAAGAAACAGCGGUUGGUAUUCACGGACCUGCAGCGCCGCACGCUGGCGGCCAUCUUUAGGGAGAACCGCCGUCCAUCCAAGGAGAUGCAGAUCACCAUCAGCCAUCAGCUAGGCCUGGAGCUCUCCACCGUCUCCAACUUCUUCAUGAACGCUCGGCGACGCUGCCAUGCCGACCGCUGGGGGUCCACUGGAGGCGCAGAGGGGAACGAGCACGCGGGUGUGCACGGGAGCGUGCACGGGCACGGUCAUAUGCAGGCUCAUGGGAACAACAACAACGCCGGUUCGUCCCCGGCACAACCGGGCACCUCCUCUGCUACCACCUUCUCCAAGGCCUGA